GCGGCGGCGGGCACCGGCUGCUGCCGCCGGGAGGGGGAGAGGGAGCAGAGUGCGGCAACCGGCGGCUGCCUCACAGCGCGACCACCUUCCUCUCCCCCCCCCCCUCCCCUCAGCCCAGCCCACUACCUGGCGCCUCAAGAAGAAGAAGAGGAAGAUGUCGUCUACGUUGUGUCUCCUAUCCACCCUGGGCGGCUAUGUCCUGUCGGCGGCUCUGCUCUUUAGGUGCCCGACGCUGCUGCACAGCAAGAAGCGUCAGAGCUUCAGAUGCCGCCACAUCUCGCAUCGCGGGGGUGCGGGAGAGAACCUGGAAAAUACAAUGGCAGCCUUCAGGCAUGCUGUGCAGUUGGGAACAGACAUGCUGGAGCUCGACUGUCACCUGACCAAAGAUGAGCAAGUAGUUGUGUCACAUGACAGCAACCUGAGGCGAACCACUGGUUUCAAUGUGAACAUCGAAACCAUCAACUUUUCAGAUCUUCCACUCUACAACUGCAGGCUACACGUGUCCUUCAAGAGAGAUGGUUUCUGUGAUGGAGGUGAUGACAAGCGAAUUCCACUCUUGAAAGAAGUGUUUGAUGCUUUCCCCACUACGCCCAUCAACAUUGAUAUUAAAGUCGACAAUGACCUCCUCAUCGAGAAGGUAUGUGAUUUGGUGAAGGAGUAUAAUCGUCAGGACUUCACUGUCUGGGGCAACGGCAGUGAAGCUAUUGUGAAGAAGUGUUACAGAAUGAAUCCCAACAUCCCGCUCCUAUUUAGCCUGCAGAAGGUGCUGCUGCUGGUGGGUCUCUUCUACACGGGGCUCCUGCCGUUCGUCCCCCUCCGAGAGCAGUUCCUCGAGAUCCCCAUGCCCACCAUCAUGCUGAAGUUGAAGGGGCCGUGCAAGAUAUCCUGGACACAGCGGCUGGGGAUCUGGCUCGCUGACACGUUACUCAUGAGGAAAUGUCUAUUCGAGCAUCUCAAAGCGAGAGGAAUUCAGGUUUACAUCUGGGUUUUGAACGACGAGGAAGACUUCAAGAGAGCCUUUGAUUUGGGGGCGACAGGAGUCAUGACCGACUACCCAACGCGACUGAAGACAUUCCUGGAAAGUUAUAGCUUCAAGGAGCAGUAGGAGGAGAGAUGGUAGAAGGAUGGACGGGGAGGGGAGGAGGCACGGAGCUCGUCAUUGUGGGCGGAUAGCUUGUGUUUGUAGACAGAACACUCUCCCAGCUGAUGUAAACCUUCACUGCAGCAACAGAAUGGCUUGAAGUGCUGUGUCUUGUUCUCUUCUGGCUACCUUUAAGUUGCACCGGCAGGCAGUGUUCCCUUUGAAAGCCGAUGGUUUGUUUGAAACGUUACUAUAUAAAUAUUUAAAGUACUUUGAGAUAUUUCAAGCCAAGUGUUUGUUGGGAAGCAGCUCCCCUGUCUAGACGUCCACAUAAAUUUAUAUUUAAAAAUAAGUUUAUUUUGGACACUCGUGAAAACUACUGCAUGAGGCCAUUUGGCCCAUCGUGCCCGCACUGGCACUUAGAGAGAGCACUCCAAUUAAGCCCCCCCCCCCCCCCGUAAUUCAUUCCAUUCCUUUUUUCAACUAUUUAUUCACUUCACUUAGAAGAUGGGAUGGAAUCGUCCUUCAAGUGACAUGGUCUGGAUCUCAGCAAUGAAAAUAAUGACCACGUUGGAAUAAAAAACUGGGACCUUCCGGAAAUGCCUGGAUCAGAGAGAAAUGAAACUUGAGUUUCAAGGCAUAAACUUUGCAGGCUGUGAUGUGAUGUGUUUUUUUGGGGGGGGGGGAUUUACUGGGAGGUUUACUGAGCAGAGUCCCCUACCCGAAGCGUCACCUAUCCAUGUUCUUCAGAGAUGCUGUCUGAUCCGCUGAGUUACUCCAGCAUUUUGUGUAUUUUUCUCUUAAUCCUAUUCUGACGCUGAUUACAGUAAUAAGGGAAGGCCAAUUCAGUGUGAAGGCCCUUCAGCCCUUCAAACCUGUUCUGUCAUUCAAUAUGAUCGUGAGGGUUUUGUUUGUUGGUUUAUGGUCCAUCUUGGAUUCUGCCACUGAUCAUUAACCCUGUCUGGCAAAGGAGCUUUGAUCUGUGAUUUAAACUGAUGAAUCUAGCCUUGGUCUGCUCCAGUCAGGGGCCCUGCACCCUUUACUAGAAGAAGCCCCCUCCCUCAAUGGUUCUUUAUUAUCACGUGUACCAAGGUACAGUGAAAUUCAUUUUUUUACAUACAGAUCAGUAACUUUAUUGCCAUACAUAAGUACAAUUCCCGAUCAAGUACUGAAUGCAUAAAACAUCCCACUGAGUUCAUAUGCAAGAGUCGCCAGGUUUUGGCACCAUUUUCAAAGACCCAGCUGCAGGUGGCCAUGAAGGCUCAUUGCAGCCAUCGCCUCCAUCUGAUUCGUCCGGCAAGCUAUUGUCCCUCUCCUCGCCCGGCCACCUUCAGCCUUGUGACCUGCCCUUGAUGUCACCUUCUGCUGGAGGCUCACAUUGGACUAGAAGGGGUCUCGCUGAUUUGAGUCCGAUUGUGCGGCAGAGCUGAGGCCUUGUGUGGUUGGAGAUGACAAGAGAUAACAAACCGACUUCUCUUCACCCCCGUGCAUAGAAUUAGUUGCUGCAGUCCUGUUCCUGCCUCUGAUGCCACCUUCUGCCCCUUGUGCUGGACAUUUCCCUUUGCCAAACCCCAUUGAUUUCUUCCAGAAUGCCUUCCCAAACUCCCCCCAUCCCAACUUGUCUGAACCUUCGGUAUUCUGGGAUCAAGAAUCUGGUUUAGUCCGGGUUGUCUCCCUUGACAGAGGCUGAAUAACUUUACCCAGAUCAGUCGGCAACCAAACCUGGAUACAUGUCUUGGUAACUCAUUGGGUGCGUGGCAGGUCUAAGGGUUCGUGGAAGAGCCACUGGUUGCAGCAGUUCCCAAACCUAAUGCCAAUGACUGCACCGGGUACCAGUGGUGUUUGGAACAGCUGGAGGCUGUGUCACCACUAAUGACAUCUGCGGCAG